AUGGCAAAUGUCGAUCAGGGCGCCGACGCUAUUGGCGGCGAAAGCGAGAAACAAUCACUGCUCGAUAUCUUUGUCAGUGCCAAUGGAGGACCAACGUUGAAGCAUGUCCUUGGUGCCGAUGAAGUCGAUUCGCCGUCAACGCCCAGAUAUCAGACACUAGAGGAUGAAAUAGGGGCAGAAUUUCUAGAGAACAUUGAAGAUUACCGGCCGGGAGGUUUCUACCCCGUGGAUGUUGGCGACGAAAUACUUGGGCAAUUCAAAGUCUAUCAUAAAUUGGGCCACGGCCGGCUUGCCACGGUAUGGCUUGCCGUGAACUUCAUCACGCCCGAAUGGAAGGCCAUCAAAAUCUUCAAGGCUAGCUGCUCGGCGAAGGCGGCGUUGUGCUAUGAGCAAGCCAAGGUGGCCAUUGAGACCCAGCCUCAGCUCUUCGAAUCUAAGAGCUUCCUGCUUCCUGAUGAUGGCGUGUGGGUGGACAGUCCGAACGGCCGGCAUCUUUGCUUGGUGCUUCCCCUGCUCGGCCCGAAAAUCACCCAUCACGAAGAUGAAUCGGCCGACAGGCAGGAAAAGUAUCUACAACAGGUGGUCAUGUGCCUACGUGCUCUCCAUUCUCUCGGAAUCCAUCACGGAGGAGUCCAUCCCGGUAAUCUUCUACAGACCAUCGACGUUGGGGACGUCCCUAUCGAUGACAUGUUGCUGGUGCUGGGAACGCCAAUCACGUUCCCAGUCAAACCUGCCGACGAGAGUGAUGGCGAAUUUGCCAAGUCGCACGCUCCAAAGUAUUUGACAGCUCCGACACGAGGAUUAAAGCGGCUACCGUUGAAACCCAGGAUCGUCCUGACCGACGUCGAGGUUGCGCUCACCAUGAACGAGCCUGCUCGUGAUUCCAACACACCUUCCGACAAGGACUUUGUCUUGGGUUGGGAAAAAAUCAAGUGCGACAUGUGGGGGUUGGCCUUUACAGUCUUGAGAAUGCGGCGAGCGCUAUUCCUUGAGCUGCCGUGGUAUCCAAAAUCAAAGUCCUGGGACCCAGAUUCUACCAGGCCGGCCCUGGAGGCUGCGCUGGGCUCGCUGUUUAGUCUGGUGCAAUCGGUCCUCAACACCAAGGAUCUCAACGAUGAAUACCUGCUCGGCCUGCGACAUCUCAGCGUGCAGCACGAUGGAGAGCUGGACCUGACGAUACAACAAAAUUAUGUCAUUAAGCGGGCGCUCGAGCUGAGGUGGAAAAGGAAAGAAUUACAAUUACUUGGUAACUUGUUGGAGGAGACCACAAAUUUUAGAAUCAGAGACUGGACGCUUCCUGAGGCACCAAUGAAAGAGGCGAUUGGGGAAGAAUAUGCUCACGGGGACGGAUCGCCUUGGAACAUGGCCAACCAGUACGAGACGCUCACCGGUGGCUUGGAGCCUCUGCUGGAUAAUAUGUCAUCUUCUGAGAGUGAUCGAUCAAAAUCUGUUGUAGAGGGAGAGGAACAUCUCUCGAGAGAGUCUGCAUCAGCAGAGCCUGUACCAGAAGAGACUGGUUCGAAAGCGCAAGAAAUGAAAGAGACUAACAAGAUCCCGUUCAUCACACCAGUGUAUUCGGACGAGUUUGAUGAUUUCUUCACCGAGAACCCAUCGGAUAUUGUUCAGUCGCCGGGAUCGAUGGACGACGAUCCAGCGGAACAAUCAUCUGAAGCGCCAUCAACUCCGCCCCGUUCUGUUACCCCUCCGCCAAAACGUCCGGCGAGUCCUCCCAUACCACCGCCUCCUCCUUCCCCCUCUCCUGAGCCCGAGCUCGAGGAUGACCCUGAACUCGACCCCGAGUACGAGCCUGAAUUCGAAUUCGAGCCGGAAGCCGACACCCAAGACAAAGCCCCUUCCGUACGCCACCGGACUAUCAACGUGAUUCUGCUCGGUUUCACCGUAGCAAUGGCGCUAUGGACCGUUCUCUUCACUGUAUUCCUCCUGCAAGCCAAGACGACAGCCACACCCGGACGGUCCGCGACGGCAGCCAGGAAACCGGGCCAGCCUGGUAUUCUUUAUUUGCAGACACGUCGUCUGUCGGCGCAUACGUCCUUUUUCGAAGGCAUCAUGGCCUCGCCGGAGCAGUCGGUGCCGCUCGACGACAGGGACGGCCGGGCUGUGUUUGAGGGGUUGGACUUUUUCGAGAGUGAAUUUGGAUCACUUGCUGGUUGA